AUCGCGGUCUUCUAGCUCCGAGCUGCCAGUUCCUGGUUGCCAAGCAGUUAUUGUUUCUGUGACGAUUGCGGAGGCUGUUGCUAAUUGAAGAAGCCUUCUCAGCAUCCUCCUUUCUCCUCUUUCGCUCUCCUCAUUUAAAUUUUAGAGGCAGAAAGAACAGAGAAAGAGAGAAGGGGGUAGAGAUUAAGGGUGGUAUAUAUUUUGGUGGCAUUAAAUUUUUAAUUGGGAAGGAGAAGAGAGCCGCUCUCUCAGCUGGUGAUUAAGUGAUGGGCUAGUUACUCAUCUGUAUUCCUUUAGCUUUUGUGACUCGAAACACUUGCACAGUUGAACGCACACACGCACACACACACAUUCUCUCUCUCUCUCUUUCUCUCUCUCUCAUGCACGCACACUCAAGCAACCACAUACACACAGACCUGUGAAAUCCUGUUUGCCACUGCAGUGGGCACAAGUAGGUGAACAUGACAACAGCUAAGGAGCAAAGUGCUUCAGGGAAAUCAGUCCAGCAACAAGAACAGGAGCUGGUGGGGAGCAACCCUCCACAAAGGAACUGGAAAGGAAUUGCAAUUGCGUUACUUGUUAUUCUGGUUAUCUGCUCCUUGAUUGUCACUUCAGUUAUCUUGCUGACACCAGUCGAAGAUAAUAGCCAGUCUCAAAAGAAGAAGAUUACAGUGGAAGAUCUGUUCAGCGAAGAUUUCAAAAUUCAUGACCCAGAGGCUAAAUGGAUAAGUGAUACAGAAUUCAUUUAUAGAAACCGGAACGGCUCUGUGAUACUGCACAAUGUUGAAACAAACAACUCAACGGUGUUAAUAGACAACAAAAUAAUUGUGUCUAUGAAAGCUAUUCGAUAUGAAGUUUCACCAGACAAAAAAUACGGACUUUUUGCCUAUGAAAUUGCACCGACGUAUCAGCAUUCGUAUACAGCUUUUUAUGUCCUCCGAAAACUGCCUGAUGGGGAACCUCAAAAUUUGUAUCCUCCCGAAGUUAGCAAUACAAAGCUUCAGUAUGCAGGAUGGGGACCCAAAGGCCAACAGCUGAUAUUUAUCUUUGAGAACAACAUCUACUACUGUGCCCAUGUGGGGAAGCAAGCCAUCCGCGUGGUCUCCACUGGGAAAGACAAGGUUAUUUUCAAUGGACUCAGCGACUGGCUGUAUGAAGAGGAGAUCCUGAAGACCCAUAUUGCACACUGGUGGUCCCCCGACGGCACAAGAUUAGCGUAUGCAACUAUCAAUGACUCCAGAGUCCCCACUAUGGAAAUACCUAUGUUCACAGGCAGCCUCUACCCUAAAGUGGAGACCUAUCAUUACCCAAAGGUUGGGACAGAAAAUCCGAGCAUUUCCUUACAUGUCAUUGGUUUGAAUGGGCCUACUCAUGACCUGGAAAUGACUCCUCCUGAUGAUUCAAGAAUGAGGGAGUACUAUAUAACCAUGGUCAAGUGGGCAACCAGUACCAAAGUUGCAGUAAACUGGCUGAACAGGGCACAGAAUGUUUCUAUCCUGACUCUCUGUGAUGCAACAACUGGAGUCUGCACAAAGAAACAUGAAGAUGAGAGCGUAGCCUGGCUGCACAGACAGAACGAAGAGCCCGUCUUCUCCAGAGAUGGCAGGAGGUUCUUCUUUGUCCGAGCCAUCCCUCAGGGAGGGAGAGGCGAGUUUUACCACAUUACCAUGUCUUCAUCGCAGCCCAACAGCAGCAGCAACGAUUUACAGUCCAUCACAUCGGGUGACUGGGAUGUGACCAGGAUUUUGGGAUAUGAGGAAAGGCACCAUAAAAUCUAUUUCCUCAGCACAGAAGAGUUACCAAGGACACGGCAUUUAUACAGUGCCAGCACUAAAGGGCCCUUCAACAGGCAGUGCCUCUCUUGUGACCUGAUAAACAACUGCACGUACUUCAGUGCAUCCUUCAGCCACAACAUGGCCUAUUUCAUCCUGACCUGCGAAGGUCCAAGAGUUCCACUGGUAACAGUCCACAACACAUCAGAUGCACAAAAACUCUUUGACCUAGAGGUAAAUGAAAAGGUCCAGAAAGCAGUAGCAGAAAGACAGAUGCCCAAAGUGGAAUACACAGAAAUCAAGAUUCAUGAUUACAAAUUGCCGAUGCAGAUUUCAAAGCCGGCCGUCUUCACCGAAAACAUGCACUACCCCUUGCUUCUUGUUGUCGACGGGACUCCGGGCACACAGAGCGUGACGGAAAAGUUUGAGGUGAACUGGGAGAGCGUCAUGGUCAGCUCGCAUGGCGCCAUUGUGAUGAAGUUUGAUGGGCGUGGAAGUGGUUUCCAAGGGACCAAGCUGCUCCACGACGUGAAGAGGCGGUUGGGUGUUUUCGAGGAAAAGGACCAGACGGAGGCUGUCUGCACAAUGCUGCAAAACACAUACAUUGAUAAGUCGAGAGUCGGUGUGUUUGGAAAGGAUUAUGGAGGCUACUUGAGCUCUUACAUCCUCCUUUCCGGAGAAGAGAAUAAAGACCCUGUCUUCUCCUGUGGCGCUGCUCUUUCCCCACUGACGGACUUCAGAUUAUAUGCUUCGGCCUUUUCAGAAAGAUACUUGGGAUUACAAGGGAUUGACAAUAAAGCAUAUGAGACUACUAAACUGGCACAUAAAGCGAUGUCCAUGAAAGAUCAGAAGUUUUUGAUCAUUCAUGCAACUGCUGAUGAGAAAAUCCACUUCCAGCACACUGCUGACCUCAUCACACACCUAAUUAGGGCAAAGGCUAAUUACAGCUUGCAGAUAUACCCUGAUGAAGGUCAUUACUUCAACAACCCAGCCCUGGAACAGCACCUGUACAAGUCCGUGGUCAAUUUCUUCGCGGAGUGUUUCAAACCCCAGGACAAACCCCCUGUAGUAUCAACAAAAGAGGAAGACGAUGAGGAAUAACCCUUCAGGCUUGUGCUCAUGGGCACAAGGCAGUUUAUAAUAAAUAAUAAUAAUAAUAAUAUGCAACUGAAUCUCUCUGUUUCCCCCCCGGAGAAAGAAGCAUUACAUGAGCAUGUAUUUAACAAAAACUGAAAAGGAGAAGCAGUCCGCCUGCUGCUUGUACUAGAUCAUGACUCUUUCCUGAACGGGAGAACAUUUAAGCAUGAGGAACGCAGCAGAAACUGCUGUUCAAAAUGAGAAAAAGAAAAGAAAGGAUCUUCUUGUCUUCUCUUGCCACAAAGUGACUUCUGGAGUAAGAUGCUCAAAUCAGGAAACUGGACUUAGAAGGAGAUUCCCCCAAGAUGACUAUUAAACAAACCCCUUUGCAUUGAAAGUAUUCAAGCGGUAGGAAUGAAAAACCCACCAUCCGUCUGUGUUAGGGUUCCCUUAGUUAGCACCUCAUUGUCUCAGAUAAGACUACCAACCAUGGAAUAAAGAUUAUAGCACAAUUAUUUUUUCCAAGGUACCAAUUUAUGUGUUGUUUGCCCAUUGACCUCUGCAUUUCGGAUAAUUGGUCGUUGCUACAGAACUGCUCCGCUAAGCAGAGGUUUCCUUUGUAGCAAGCCCUGCUGUAGUCACACUAACUUUUAAUUAAAGUUCAUGCACUGUAUAGGUCUUUCUGUAUAUAGUGUUUAUCUGCCACUUCAUUUUCCUUCGGCCUUGUACUAAUCCUUUAGCUCUGCAAUGUAUUCUGGGUAAGGGGAGAGGGGAGAAAUUGCUUAAAUACAGUAGACUACAUGGUGUAGGGUCCCUGCAGGAACUCUCUUUCUGGAGAUUUCUUUAAUGCACUGAUUACAACGUAGCUUUUUGGGUCUUGUUAACAUGAAACAGGCUUUUAAGCAAUCUGUCCUAUGCUUUUAAAAAACAACAAAGUCGUAAUGGGGCAGGGGAGGGGCAACGAGAUCUGCCUGACAGUUGUCACACCACAUAGUUUAAAGGCCUACUCAGUUGUGCGGCAAUUUCUUCUCCCCUAACUCUUCCACGGCUCCAACCUGUGUUGACUGUAAUCAUCCCAACUCUGCAGAUACUACCAUCACAAUAACGUAUGCAUUUUAAUCAAUGCUAACAAAAGUGCUUUUUUUUGGGGGGGGGGUCUUAUCUCUUGUUGUGAUGAUGAAACCUAGGUUUUGGGAUUGCAAGUUUGCAUUUCUUUUUUCCUCAUUGGCUUCUAAAAGCAGCCCUCUUCCUCUCUACAGUUCCCUCCUAUCCCCACGCCCCAACCCCUGCUCGCUAGAGUCCUGGGAGAGACAAAUAUAUUUCAAACCAUUUUGAACCCCCUCACACCUUUUCUUCUUCCUUUGUCUGUUUUGGCUAAUGUAAAUUAUUCUGACCAAAUGUACAGCUAGUAUGAAUACUGUAUAAUUCAUUUUGUUGUAUAUAACAGGAAUGUAAGUCUUUGAUUUGUCGAGUCUCCCUCCCUAAGUCCCUUCUGCAAUCCAGUAUUAUUACGUCUUGUGUUCAGCAUGCAUGCAAUAACACUUGUUUGUUUAUUAAGACCCCUUAGAGGUAUUCAUUCGAACUAUAUCAAUUGUGCGAUCCUUUAUUAUUACUAUUAUUAUUAUUAUUAUUAUUUGGACAGCUUGAAUGUCAAUGCCAAUUUCUACAUUUUUACAUUGUGGCUGUUGGUAAAUUGCCCAUCUCAGGCAGCAGUGCGACGCAGAUCACUUUCGCAGCAUUCCUCGUUUUCCUCUGUUUCGUUUUAGGUUCAGUCUGUUGGCUGUUGGUGGUAAUUAGAUCACCAUGGGAGAUAAUUCCAGUGGGGAGUGAGGACAUUUCUCUUCUCUUCCCUUCCUUCCUUCCUUCCUUCCUUCCUUCCUUCCUUCCUUCCCCCCUCUCUCUCUCAUAAUUUAUCGUUCAUCAGAAUUCACGUGAACAGGGAUUGCAGAAUAAUGCUGCUUCCUCCGGCCAAAUUCCAAAUAGACCAUGUGAAUGCUACAGAUGUCCAGGUUUCAAUAAACUUUUUGUGGCUGGUAUGCCUGAACUGAAUUUGAGCAGAGGAGCUCACUGACUGCUCUGUUCAUAACCUUCUGUAGAGGGAAAGCCCAGAUGCGCCAUAGUAGUGUUUGUUCAUCCAUAAAAUAAAGCAUUAUUUUACCACCAG